UAUGGUAAGGAAAUAUGUCAAUGAACGUCUUCAGAUAGUGAAAAUAAAUUUUGCCAUGUAAACAAAAAAAAGUAAGCAACAGUGUAAUUAAAUAAAUAUAAAAAAUAAAGGAUAUUUUUGUAAAUGAAAUGACGGCUCCACGGUUAUCACGAGGUAGUAGAGGACGAUUUUUUUUAUAUAUCGCUAGUUUAUUAGGUUUAUUCGGUUUAAUGGCUAUAUAUCACAACACGUUGACACAAUUGGAUGCUGUCAAAAAAUCAAAUGACAUUUGUCAACAACAUCAAGAUUCGCUGACAGCUCAAUUACAAGUUAUAUUCGAUUAUAAAAAUCGGCUGGAAAAAUCAUUGCAAUCGGAGAAAGCGGAACAUAAACAAACACGUAUCGAGCUACAAAAACGUGCCGAUAAUGAAAAAACGAACUGUGAAAAGAAUGCAAUGGAAGCGAAUAUGCGAUACAGUAGUUUACAACAACAGUUUAAAAUUUUACAGUCAACUCAUGAAGAUUUAAAGAAGCAAUCCAGUGUAAUUCAAAAAGAAAAAUUGAAUGAAAUAAAUACUUUGCAAUCGAAAGUGAAAGAAAUACAAGAGCAGCUUAAACAAAAAGAAAGAACAUUUGAGAAUUUAAAGUCUGAAUUGAUAGCCGUACAAACGGAAAAGCAAAAAUUACAAGAAUUGCUCGAUAAGACUAAUGGCGGACAAGAACACAACGAGAGUGAAUUAAAUCGAUUGCUCAAAGCCAACAUACAAUUGCAACGAGAAAAUGAUCAACUCAAGGCAAAUUGUAAUCGAAACUCUCCAUUAGACGGCGCCGCGCGUCAAGAAAUUGUAAGUAAUAAUUUUCAUGGAUUAAAUUAUGAACCAAAUGCAAAUCGAUACUUUGUUCAAUCGGAACACGUGGGCGAUCAACCAAGUGCAGCUGCUCUUCAAGAAACGAAUAAAGCAGAAGUUGAUAACAAUCGUAACGACGAUAAUAUGCAUGUUAUUCCACAACCAAAUAUCGAUACAAACUCAAACUCCAAAAAAUCAUCAUCAACCACGACAACAACAACACCAAGAACAGGCGGAGGAAACAAUCAAAAAGUAGGAAUUCAGCCUCUAGGACAACCAACUCCAACAAUUAAAAAACCAACAAAAGAAACGAUUGUAAAUAAUAAUCCCGAUAACGUUUUAGCAGCACCAAAUACCGUUAAUGAUGAGAAAAAAAUUAAAAUACCUCCAGGUGUAGUUCCCCUUAAUCCACAUGUACUUGGCGAACAGAAUAAUGUGAAUUCAAUAGAUUUAGGUAACAAAAAUGGUGAUAUUGAACCAAACCGAUAUCGUAAUAAUAUUUUAGAGUCUCGAAAUAAUUUUGAUGAUAAUAAUUUGCAAAAACCAUUAAAGAAACCAAAUAUCAAUGAAAAUGAACAAAUUGUGAAUCAAGAAAAUGGUGCUAUGGAAGUAUUGGAUCCACCUGUAAAUAAAAUUGAUGAUCCAUUUAAUAUGUUAGACAAUCAGAAUGAUGGUUUUGUGGGUGAUAAUCAAAAUUUAGAUGAUGAUAAACAAAAUGAGAAACCUGCCCCAAAACAUAUUGACUCGUUGGUGAAAAAUAAUUUACAACAUCCUAUGCCUGGUGGAGGAUUACGUGGUAUGCAUUAUGAUGCUGCCGAAGGUGGUGACUAUGAUAAACAUGAUGAGAAAGGUGGUGAUUUACGUUUGGAGGAAGCUGAACCGGAAGGAGAGGAAGAUGAUGGUGACGACGAUUAUAACGGACAUUUAGAUCCACGACAAAAGGAUCCAGCUGUAAGAAAUUAAACAAUUUAGAGAAAUUAUAUUUUUUAAUAAUUUAAGGGCUCAAGGGCAAUUUGUACAUAUUAAUGCUAAAAAAAAAAUAUUGUAUAUCUGAUAUAUAUA